AAUUAGUUAAUAGCAUUAUGGAAAGGUACACCUCUUAUUCAUUGUUCGGAUGAAAAUAUAAGCAUGUUCUUUAACAAUCUAAUGUGAUAUGACUACAAAAAGUUUUUUAAGAAUGUAGAUAACUAUAUAUUUAAAUCUUAAAAGUAAUCAGUAUAUUCCUCUGGAUUAUGCACUCGAUUUUGACGCAGUUUGGUUUGAAUUCUAACUGCUCCCAUGAUCAUGUUUCUCUAUAUUUCCCCACGUGUACAUGUAUACACAUGAAGGAUCCCAUUAUAUGCGACAAUACUCUCAGGAGUUGCACUGUAUUUCAAUGAGGGAUAUAUGCAUAUAAACUGGGUUUCGAAUUCGAUAUAUGAAACUACACGUGGCUUCAUUUUUUAAUACAUUUUUUGAGCACAUUUUACAGGAUUUACCAUCAUUCCAAGGACAGGACAUCGUGAAAUGCAGCAACUGCUCACAAUUUGCUCAGCGUUAUUGUAAUGACUGUUGUAAGUCACAUUGUGAAGAUUGUGCACAGAAACAUCAUUGUGGGGAAGAACACACGCUGGAAGAUGCUAAAAGCAAAAUACAGACGGAAAUAAUGAAGGAAGAGCCGGACGAUAAAGACGAUAUGCUAGGAUCAAUAAGCAGGGAAUAUCGUGAUUAUCUAAUCAAGAGAAGAGAUUAUUUAGAACCACAAAAAGUGAACGAGCGUCAAGCAACAGCGGCUAGGGACGUAGGACAUCCCAAGGAUUAUGGUGGCUCACACUUACCGUUAUCUGCCGUUGAGUUCAGGAGUUCAUCAUCGGGUGCAGGAUAUAACCAAAUAGCAUCUCCAAAGAAUCCUCAAUGUCUUCCAAAUUCUUCGAUGUGUGUAAAAGUCUUGCAAAGGGAUGCCAAAGGAAGUGACGAAUAUCUUGUAGGAGGAAGUUUAAGAGUACACAUUUAUCAGGAAAACAUUAUUGAAUUGGUGAAUAUCAGUGUGCUUGUUUGUGGAGAAGGCCGUGAUCAACAUGGACAAGGUUUCCUUGCCAAACAAAUCCUAGAAAAGGCCACCAAAAACCAAAAAAAGGAUAUUUCAAAACUCUUUAAAGAAGCAAAUCACAUUCAAUGGUCUCAGACUGAAGGCUUAGAUAUGUUGUGGAAAACAACAUCAAAUAUCCUUGAGAAGGCAAAUAAGAAGAAAAAGAAAGUCAAACCAUUAUCAAUCGCCAUGCCUCUGCUCGGUACAAGCUCUAUUAAAAAUACAGAAUAUUUACAACAGUAUGCUGAUGUUGUGUGUCAUUCCAUUUUGGACUUCUCAAAACAAAUAGAUCAGAAUCCAAGGCUUCAAGAAAUACAUCUAGUGAACCAUAAUGCUCCUGCCACAGAGGCACUGAAAAAGGCAUUUGCUGCAGUGCAAGAAAAUAAACAGGACAUAACAAGAAGACGUUGAGCAACAGACAAUGUUUUGGAGGACUUGGCACUAACUCAGAGUGCUUUGGUAUGGUGAACAAAUAUUUGCAAGAGAGAAGAACAUCUUAUUUUGUAGUUUUGUGCCUACCCGAUUAAUUUUACAAGAAUAUUUAAAAAAUAUCUCGAAAAUUAUGUAAAUAAUUUGAGCAAAGUUGAUCACAAUUGAAGAUUGAUAACCUUUUCCG